UUCAUGGUCUCUGCAGGCGUCGCCACGGCGCUGGCGGCCUUUGCCGUAAACCUGAGCGUGGAAAACAUCAGCGGCUUCAAGUUUUGGGCAACACUGACCAUCAUGGAGGGUGGUAACCUGUUGGGCUCCUUCCUGGCGUACGUGGCCAUGAAUGCCGCGCUGGUGACGGCGUCGGUGGCCAUCACGCUGUACGUGGGCCCGGCGGCGGCGGGCUCGGGCAUACCAGACGUCAAGGCGUACCUUAACGGCGUGGAUGUGCCGUACAUCUUCCACUUUAACACCCUAGUUGCCAAAGUGGUGGGCGCCGUGGGCAGUGUGGCUGGUGGGCUUGCCAUCGGAAAGGAGGGUCCGUUCGUGCAUGCGGGCGCGGCCAUUGCAGCGAUUGUCAGCCAGGGCGGCUCGGGCUCGGCGAGGCUGGGCUGGAUGCGGCACUUUUGGAACGACCGCGACCGUUACGAUAUGGUGGCGUGUGGGACCGCCGCCGGUGUGGCCGCCGCCUUCCGCUCCCCGGUAGGCGGUGUGCUGUUUGCUCUGGAGGAGAUGACCAGCUGGUGGAAGAACCAGAUGCUGUGGCUAGCCUUCUUCACAACGGCAGUGGUUUCGGUGGCCAUCCGGGUGCUGAUGAAGGCGUGCAGCUCCAACGGCUGCGGCUUCUUUGGGAGCGGCGGAUUCAUUAUUUUUGAAAUCCAGGAGGGGCAGGACACGUAUGAGUUUUUUGAGCUGUUGCCCAUGCUGCUACUGGGGGUGCUGGGCGGGUUGCUGGGCUCAGGCUUCAUCGCCAUGAAUGCUCGUCUGAGCGAGUGGCGCAAGCGCAAUCUGGCUCCGCUGGGUCGGCGAGGUCGGCUGCUGGAGGGCCUGGCCAUCAGUGUGCUCACCUCCACACUAUCCUUCAUGGUGCCCCUGCUGGUCGCCUGUACGGCCUGCCCGCCAGGCUCAGAGGGCGCAUGUCCGCGGACCGACAACCUGCACUCGGGCAACUUUGUCAAGUUUGGGUGCAGGUGCGCCGGAGCUUACAACGACCUGGCGACGUUGUUUUUCAACACACAGGACGACGCCAUACGCAACCUGUUUUCAUCCAAAACAAAGCGCGAAUACACGGUGUCCGCACUGCUCAUCUUCUCGACCAUCUUUUACUUCCUGGCCACGCUCACGUACGGCAUCUUCGCACCCACGGGCCUCUUCGUGCCAAGCAUCCUUUGCGGGGCGGCGUAUGGCAGACUGGUGGGCAUUUUCGUCGCGGACAUGCAUCCUGGGCACUACAUCGAUGAAGGCACCUACGCGUUGCUAGGCGCAGCGUCCUUCUUGGGUGGCGCUAUGCGCCUGACAGUGUGCACGUGUGUCAUGCUGCUGGAGCUCACCAAUAACCUGGCGCUGCUGCCGCUCAUCAUGCUGGUGUUGCUGGUGGCAAAGGCCGUGGGUGAUGGCACCGGUAUCAAGCCGGUGUACGAGGUGCAGAUGUCGGUCAAGGGGCUGCCCUUUUUGCAGCCGCAGCCCGAGGCCUUCAUGCGCCACAUCACCGCCAAGGAGUGCUGCGGCCGGCCGCCCGUCACCUUCAGCAGGGUCGAGAAGGUCCGGUCACUCGUAGAGACACUGCGCUCCAACCAUCACAAUGGCUUCCCUGUCAUGGCCCACGGUGUGGAUGGCGAGCGCCACAUUUGUGGUGUCGUACUGCGUCAACAGUUGCUCACUCUGCUGGCCACUGGCAACCGCAGUAUGCAAGCAACGCCGGCGAUAUCGGAAAACAGCAGUCGUGCAGCGCUGUCGUAUAGUGUGCCCGAGUUCUCCAAGCCCAUGUCGGACCCGGUUCCCCGCUGCGACGAGGGAGUACUGGCACCCGGGGCGCUAAGCCCGGAGACGCUGGAAAUGUACCUGGACCUAGGGCCCUUCCUCAACACUUCGUACCACGUCGUACAGGAGGACGCACCCCUGUCCAAGAUUUAUCAGCUGCUGCGGACGUUGGGGCUGCGCCAUAUUUGUGUCAUCCCCAGGUGCGCUCUGGUUGUAGGCAUGAUUACGCGGGCUGACCUGCUG